AUGGACGGCCCCGGAUAUACCUCUGCGUCGUCUGCGUCUGCUCAUACCGCAACUUCACAUCGUCGCAAGCUCAUUAAGAAACCUCCCACUUACGCCUACGCUCGCUCCUCAUCUGGCUUCGAUGGUGGUGCCUUCGACGCCCAGUCCCUCGAGAGCAAACGCAGUUCCCAGAGUCUGAGAAGAGCCCCCAGCGCUCCCCCAGCCCGCUCAAACCCCGCGACCGUGUCCGACUGGCAAGACUCUGAUCGAUCUCAUCCUCAAUUAUCCGCCAACAGCAACACUCUAAGACCUGUCCCAUCGCCCAUCUCACCUCAGGGCGACUUCACCCCCGCUAAUCACUGGGCGCCUGUCCCCCGUCAUUCCGACCGUCUCUCCGAUUCUCACCUCCGCCCUCUCAGUAAGACAGCGGUGCCUGACGACCUGAUCGGCGCUCCUUUUGACGGCGCUGCUAUUCUGAACCGCAUUGAAUCGAUCAAAAUUCCUAGUCCGAAGGCUGCUGCCCCUCGUCAAUUUCCUCCCCAAAUCGUCAAGGUGCCUACCGACUAUAGGCUCGCUAGUCCUGCCCUACGAACUUCGACCAGCUUCUCCGCGAUGGACUCGUCUCUGAACGAGAAGAGCCUUGGCCCAAGGGCUCCAACUGAUGGGCCUUCGAUCAACCCCAAGAGAUAUUCCGACGAUGGCAAGGACCUCAAGCCCGCUGUUCUACGAAAGAAGUCAGGUUUUUCCGGUUUCAUGAACAGUUUGGUAGGAUCGCCCAAGAAGCCCGUUAUCUCUGCACCCGAGAAUCCCGUCCACGUUACUCAUGUCGGCUAUGAUAGUUCCACAGGCCAGUUCACAGGUUUGCCAAAAGAAUGGCAGCGGCUUAUCAACGAAAGCGGAAUUCCUGAAAAGGAAAGGCGAGAAAACCCGCAAACUAUGGUUGAUAUCUUGCAGUUCUACAAAGAGACCACGGAGAGGCCCCCAGAGGAUCAGGUCCUUGAGAAAUUUCAUCAUGCUGGUCAGUAUGCCACCUCUCCGGCAACUGCAGCAUCACCGGGCAUGUACCCGUCAAACUAUAUGGGAAGUUUUGAGAAUCCCCGAGCACCACCGCCUGUUCCCCGAGGCCAGGUUGGUAAGGACCUGAUGCCCAGUCGCCCAGCCCCGAAACCGCCCGUCAGCAUGAGCAAUCGGCAUAUGCCUCAAGGCGCAUAUUCGACCAAAGACUCAGGCAUCGGUAUGUCUCAGUCCGGCGACGAAUCUUACGGCAUGUCAAAGGAUGCUGGCCCUAUGCUCCCCGAAGAGCACCGAUCGAGAUCCAAUUCGCGCGUCGCUGGACCUACAUACGCCCCAACUGCACCGCAGCCCAACCCACAACUCGCCCAGGCGCAAGCCGCCGCUUAUCAACAGCAACUUAUGCAGCAGCAACAAGAGCAAGCCAUGGCUCAGGCCCAAGCUGCCAUGUCUGGCAGCAUCGGUCGUGCUCCUAGUAAACGAACUCCUCAUCCCCAGAACCCGAACAUGCAAGCUGCUCCAGGUUACGGCCGUGCCCCCGAGUCUAAUGGUGUACACAACGCUCCUCGUCAGCAGGCUCCUGGAGCAGCCGUGCCUGGGGCUAGGCCACGACACCGGGCUCGUCAGAGCGCAGGCCUUGACAUCGUUGCUGCCCUCAAGCGCAUCUGUAGCGAAGGCGACCCUCGAGACAUAUACCGAGGAUUCAACAAAAUCGGCCAGGGUGCAUCUGGAGGUGUUUUCACCGGUCACGAGCGUGGCACGAACAGAUUGGUGGCUAUCAAGCAGAUGAAUCUCGAACAGCAACCUAAGAAGGACCUGAUUAUCAACGAGAUUCUUGUCAUGAAGGAUAGUUCACAUCCCAACAUCGUCAACUUCAUCGACAGUUAUCUGUGUGGUGGCGAGCUGUGGGUCGUCAUGGAGUUUAUGGAGGGAGGCAGCCUUACGGAUGUUGUCACCUUCAAUAUCAUGUCUGAGGGGCAGAUCGCUUCUGUGUGUCGCGAGACCCUUCUUGGUCUGCAACAUCUGCAUUCCAAGGGAGUCAUUCACCGAGAUAUUAAGUCGGACAACAUCUUGCUAUCCUUGGAGGGCAAGAUCAAGUUGACCGAUUUUGGAUUCUGUGCGACCAUCAAUGAAGCCCAGAACAAGCGAACAACCAUGGUGGGUACACCCUACUGGAUGGCGCCCGAAGUCGUUACUAGGAAAGAGUACGGGCGCAAGGUUGACAUUUGGUCUCUGGGUAUCAUGGCUAUCGAAAUGAUAGAAGGCGAGCCACCAUACCUGACGGAAUCCCCCCUGCGUGCGCUUUGGUUGAUUGCAACCAACGGAACUCCUCACAUUAAGAAUGAACAGGAUCUUUCUCCUGUGUUCAAGGACUUCCUCUACUUUGCACUCAAGGUCGAUCCGGAGAAGCGGGCCAGUGCUCAUGAUCUGCUGAGGCAUGAAUUCAUGAAGCAGUGUGUUGACCUAGGUCAACUAUCGCCAUUGGUGCGAGCCGCUCGAGAACAGAGGGCGCAAGAAAAGGCUCGCAAGGGGCAGUAG